AUGCCAAAAGCGACUGGGAAGCCGCAUGUAUCCGCGGACGUCCAGGCUGCGUUCCCCAAAGAGGAUAAAGUUCACGGUGCAGAUAUGAAGAAGUCGACUGUUCCUAACCACACAGGACUUCAAAAGCAUUUGUUGAUUCCAAAUCCUCCUCGGGAUCUUCCACAAUUGAAGAAGGUAUUGAAUGAACGUGGCUUCUCCGUGGAACAGCUGGAGCCGUUGAACUUGCGCGUGGCGGUCGCAACGGUAUCUACUAACAGUGAUAUGAAGAAUUUACUAUCCAGUGAGAAAGCCCUCUCAGUCGAUGGUAAGACUGUACACUUUCUCCUCGUGGAAGGGUCGUCUGACGCAAUUGCCCAUCUUACGCCAGAGACCAGCGAAUCGCUGUUCAUAACGGGUAUUCCCAAAUUUGUAACCAUG